UCCCCUGAGUCCCGGCUACGCGGCUCGGCGCAAGGAGAGCGGGGACCCGCGCCCCCGCCCCGCCCCCGCCCGGCGCGUGGAGGCCCCUCGGAUCACAGCAGCCGCGGUAGCCGCCCGCGCGGGAUGACCUGGGGCGGCUCUGGGAGCCGGCUGCCGCAGGAGGUCUGGGGGCUCCGCCGGCCCGCCGAGAGUGAGCCGAGGCCUGGGUUUUGCUCUGGAAGUCGGUCCUGCCCACUUCUGUAAUCUGGCGCUAUGCAUCCACAUCCUGGACCCUUACAGACACCGUUGUAUGUGACUCUUUGGAUUCUGUGCUCUUCUGUGAGUUCAGACUUGGCACCUUAUUUUAUCUCUGAGCCACUGUCUGCUGUCCAGAAACUUGGUGGGCCUGUGGUCCUCCAUUGUUCUGCUAAACCCACCACCGCUCAUAUCACAUGGCUGCACAAUGGACAGCGAUUGGAUAGAAACUUGGAACAGAUUAAGAUUCAUCGGGGGACUCUGACUAUUCUUUCUCUUAACCCCUCCCUUUCGGGUUACUACCAAUGCGUUGCCAACAACAGCAUCGGUGCAGUUGUGAGUAGCCCUGCAACAGUAUCCACUGCAGUUCUUGCUGAUUUUGGUUCAUCAACAAAGCAUGUUAUUACAGCAGAAGAAAAAAGUACUGGUUUUAUUGGCUGCAAGGUACCAGAUAGUAACCCUAAAGCUGAGGUGCGCUAUAAAAUCCGAGGAAAGUGGCUGAGACAUUCCACAGAGAAUUACUUAAUCCUUCCAUCAGGAAAUCUUCAGAUUUUGAAUGUAUCCUUAGAGGACAAGGGAUCAUAUAAAUGUGCAGCCUUUAAUCCUGUCACACAUGAAUUGAAAGUCGAACCCAUUGGCCGAAAGCUCCUUGUGAGUCCCCCUUCUUCAGAUGAUUUUCACAUUCUCCACCCCACCCUUUCACAGGCAUUAGCUGUGCUUUCUCAGAGCCCUGUAACCCUGGAGUGUGUGGUGAGCGGGGUCCCAGCUUCUCAAGUGCACUGGCUGAAGGAUGGUCAGGACGCUAUGGCGGGAAGCAAUUGGAGGAGGAUGUAUUCUCAUCUUGCCACAGAUAGCAUCGAGCCAGUGGACUCUGGGAACUACUCGUGUAUGGUGGGAAGCAAGUCUGGAGACAUAAAACACGUCACUUACAUGGUUACUGUACUUGAACAUGCGUCAAUUUCUAAAGGACUGCGGGAUCAGACAGUGUCUCUGGGUGCCACAGUACAAUUUACUUGCGAGGUUCAUGGGAACCCAGCCCCCAACUGUACCUGGCUUCAUAACGCACAGCCUGUUUAUCCUUCCGCACGACAUCUACCUGCAGGAACUGGACUGAAAAUCACUGGUGUUACCAUAGAAGACUCUGGGCUGUAUCAGUGUGUAGCAGAUAAUGGGAUUGGAUUUAUGCAGUCUACUGGGAGACUUGAAAUUGAAAAAGACGGUGGACUCAAGCCAGUUAUAGUUACAGCGCCAGCAAGUACCAAGGUGGUAGAAGGAGACUUUGUUACUUUGUCCUGCAAUGCCACUGGAGUUCCAGUUCCAGUCAUCCGUUGGUAUGACAGGCGUGGAUUGAUAACCAGCCAUCCGUCUCAAGUCCUUAGAUCUAAAUCCCGAAAAUCACACUCACCAAGACCUGGGGGCUUUGACCUGGAGCCUGUCUACUUUGUUGUGUCCCGAGCUGGCUCCAGCUCUCUGUACAUCCAGGCUGUCACUCCGGAGCAUGCUGGGAAGUACACCUGCGAAGCUGCAAGUGAGCAUGGCACCGCGAAGUCCGAGGCAGUCCUCACCGUGGUUCCUUUUGAAACAAAUACAAAAGCAGGAAUAGUCACACCUUCUGAAGCCCCUCAGAAAGAUAUAAGAGCUGGUUCAGAAACUGGAUUAUUGAGCCCAUUUCCAAUCAAGGAACAUUCCAGAGCAGUGGAAUCACCAUCAGAGAAAAAUGCUAGUGGUACCUCUGUCCCUGAUGCACCCAUCAUUCUGAGCCCUCCGCAGACCCACACACCAGAUACGUACAACCUGGUCUGGAGGACAGGGAAGGAUGGCGGCCUGCCCAUCAAUGCCUAUUUUGUGAAGUAUCGAAAGCUGGACGACGGUGUUGGUGUGAUGGGAAGCUGGCACACAGUUCGCGUCCCAGGAAGUGAACACGAGCUGCACUUAACGGAACUAGAGCCAUCUAGUCUCUAUGAAGUUUUGAUGGUAGCGAGAAAUGCGGCAGGUGAAGGACAGCCCGCCAUGCUUACUUUCCGAACUAGCAAAGAGAAAACAACGUCCUUGAAAAACGCCCAGGCAUCCUCUCCACCUGUGGGUGUUCCGAAGCGCCCUGUCAUUUCAGAGACUGCAGACCACUUUGGAGUGGUGCUGACAGACUCCAGGCACAGUGGAGUUCCAGAGGCCCCUGACCGGCCUACCAUCUCCACUGCGUCUGAGACAUCCGUCUACGUCACUUGGAUCCCUCGGGCCAAUGGGGGUUCUCCAAUCACUGCCUUCAAGGUCGAAUAUAAACGGAUGAGGACGAGUGAUUGGCUUGUGGCAGCUGAAGAUAUCCCUCCUUCCAAACUUUCUGUGGAAGUUCGUAAUUUAGAGCCAGGUUCAACAUAUAAAUUUAGGGUCAUUGCUAUCAACCAUUACGGUGAGAGUUUUCGGAGUUCAGCAUCUCGUCCUUACCAGGUGGCUGGGUUCCCCAAUCGUUUUUCUAACCGUCCAAUAACUGGACCUCAUAUUGCAUACACAGAAGCUGUCAGCGAUACUCAGAUCAUGCUAAAGUGGACGUACAUUCCAUCAAGUAACAAUAAUACUCCCAUUCAAGGAUUUUAUAUUUAUUACCGGCCAACAGAUAGUGACAAUGACAGUGAUUACAAGAGAGAUAUUGUAGAAGGUUCAAAGCAGUGGCACAUGAUUGGGCAUCUGCAGCCAGAAACCUCUUAUGACAUUAAAAUGCAGUGCUUCAACGAAGGAGGAGAAAGCGAGUUUAGUAAUGUGAUGAUCUGUGAAACGAAAGUGAAACGUGUUCCUGGAGCUUCUGAGUAUCCUGUCAAAGACCUGAGUACCCCUCCAAAUUCUUCAGGAGGAGGAGGAAAUGUUGGGCCUGCAACCAGUCCUGCCAGGACCAGUGAUAUGUUGUACCUGAUCGUCGGCUGUGUGCUGGGCGUCAUGGUCCUCAUUCUCAUGGUUUUCAUUGCCAUGUGCCUAUGGAAGAACCGCCAGCAGAAUACCAUACAGAAAUAUGACCCGCCAGGAUAUCUCUACCAAGGUUCAGAUAUUAAUGGGCAGAUGGUGGAAUACACCACUCUGCCUGGAACAAACCGGAUAAAUGGAAAUGUUCACGGGAGCUUCAUAAGCAAUGGAAAUUUCAGCAAUGGCUGCUCCCAUCUUCACCAUAAGGUCCCGAAUGGAGUCAGUGGAAUCGUGAAUGGCAGCUUAAAUGGAGGGCUUUACUCUGGGCACACAAGCUCUCUAACCAGGACACACGUGGAUUUUGAACAUCCUCGUCAUCUAGUGAAUGGUGGUGGAAUGUACACAGCAGUACCUCAGACUGACCCAAUGGAGUGCGUUACCUGUCGAAAUUGUCGGAACAACAAUAGGUUAAAACUUGAAUGUAUUUCUUCGAGUGGGCUUUUAAGAAACAAGUCACUGCCAAUUUUAGACCCCUUUAUCAUCCCUCUAUUUUGGUAAUAAACUGUCUGGAGAGAAAACUUUCCCUUUAUUGUCUGAACUGGAGUAUUGACGUGACAAUUUGCGAACAGGUAAGAGGGGAAUGUGUACUGAGGCAAUCUGUGGAGUUUCCUUUAAUUCCUGGGCUUUUGUAGAUGUCAUAAAUGACCGCCUCACUGUGUUCAGCUAAUGUGAAUCCUUUUCAGGUUUUAAGACUAGUAUGGAACAGCUUCACUGUGAACAGCUAGAAAGAAACAUGCUUAAUGCAGCUUUUCAGGGGUCCAGCCCCUUACAUGAAAGGCUUAAUUGAGAAAUCCUUGUGUAAUUUGAGCAUUUCAAGAGUUAAACAGACUUUAAUUGAAUAAAUCAAAAUGUUUCUAUCCUUCUUCUUUCCUCUUCUCCUCAACUCAAAAGGCAGCAGUACAGUUCUGGAUAUGUAAUCAAAUGGGGUUUUUUAGUUGCUUGGCUAGUUCAAUGGGAAGGGAUUGACGUUAAAUCUGGUCUGUUUACCAUCAGCCUUGAUAAUUUGUAAAAGAAUAGAGAUGACACUGAUGAAAUUCACAGAUGAACAAACUGAAUGGUCCCAUCAGGAAGGAACAAGAAAUUAACUUGAAGAGACCUAGAGAGAUUGGAAAUGGGCAGGAAGUAGCUAAGUAAAAAUCAGCUUGGAAAAAUGUAUGUAAUCCAUCUGGGGAACACGCACAAGCUAUACAUGGCUGUUAGUCAAAGGAGAAAUAAACUCCUGGGAAUUGUGCUUUAGAACACACAGAUAUUACAGAUGAUCUCCAAGUUUUUGUGUAAUGAUGAUCUUAAAGUCUGUGUGUCGUUGGGUUUGGGGAUGCAUUUUCAUGAAGGUGAACCUUCCACUGAUGUCAGAUAUACUCUGAUAAAAAGAGUGUGUAGAGAUGAAUAUGAAAACAUUUCACGAUGGUAGUGGUCUCAGGCCUUGGGUUUACUCUCUCCGGUUACUUUGUUGAGUGUGAAAACAACUCUGUGUCCACUGCUCCUGAACACUUUUCUCCAGCUUCUAAUUUGUUAUGAGUCAGUCCUUCUUCUAUUCCCUACCACUUAGCUACGUCACAACCGGCCUUAAAACCGAAAGAAGAAAACACAAAAAACCCAAGAUUUCCUUUCUCUUCUAUCUGUGGUAAUCUACCGAAUUCCCUAAGAACAAAAAUUCAAAGCAUGGUGUCUAAUUUUUAAAAAUUGAUCAGUACCUUCCUUUGAAGGACGUUAAGUACCUCCUCCUUCCAAUAUGGAGACUGAGGGCCUGUUGUCAGGGAGGCAGGUAUUUGGGAUCGUAGUCUUGGUCUUUUACUUGUAAGAUUAUCUGUGAGUUUGCCAUGUUCAGUAAUGUACUUAAUCAUUUAUUGUCACCUAACAUUUAUUAUCGCUUAAUAUAUGGCAGUCACCAAUAAACUAAUUCCCCAAAGGAAACCCCCACUCAAAGGCUGGGUCAUUGCCGCAUCCAACAAAGAGUGUACAAUGAGAAUGGGGGACAGCCAUGGCCCCGCAGCAAUGUCAUCGGAGUUCUGGUACACAGUAACUGAUGGUCUCCCCAAAAAUAUGGGCUAGGUCCCCAAAAUGACAGAGGCACCAUGGCAGGAGUAAACAGCAGAGGUGAGCUGAAUAUUAAACGACCACCAAGAUGUGACUGUCUCGGAAAUCUCGGGAACAUAUUCAUGAAAAUAAGUAUCAGACAUCCAAGAGAUUCUUAAGGUUAGUCCUGGCCCUCCAGGGAUAAUCAAAAGAGGAAACAAUGCAAAAUUCAUAUAAUCAUCUAAUCAGAGCAAUUCUGUACAUAAUCAUGUUUAACAAAUAUUCAACUGUGUAAUCAGAAAUUGAAUACUUCUCCAGAAAAUAUUUCAGAGGUACUCUGUAGUUUCAGUGGAAUGUCAAAAAUAUGUUUAGUCAAAUACAAAAGCAACAUAUUCUUCCGAACUCAGUCCGAUGCUACUCUUGCAGUCUGUGCUAUUCAGAUUGGUGGUUAAAGAAUAUUUUAUUAUUUUUAUGACACUGUAAUAGUCAUUUUCCUAUCUUAUAAGUUGGUCAGACAAGCCUCGCCUGUUCACUAAAAGCUAUCUAACUAAAAGUAAGUUAGUCACUAAACGUAAACUAACAGGUCCCAGACCCCCUGAAUUCUUGCAAAACAGUGCAGAUUUUUGUCUGUGGCAAGAUACACAAUGUUUUUAAACUGAAGAAGAGUAGUUAUGUUGAGCCAGAGAGAACUCAGUGAAAACUGUCACUCCAGUUUAGGCCACUAAUAACUGUAGUCAAAAGAUUAUUUGAAAGCCUAAGAUAGUGAAAUUAUAAACCCUUUGUAUUGUAUAAACUGUACAAUGUUCAUUGUUAGAGCAUCUUAAUGUCAUAUAUUUGUAGACAUAGACAUUUGUCCUGUUCUCUCUUUCACUACCCAUAGAUGUGGGUCUCUUAAGUUUACAUAUAUACAGAUAUUAUUUUUGUGAUUAUCUGAUUGCUUUAGAAAUUUUAAUGAAAACAUUAUCAACAAAAUUGGUUUUACAUACUAUACGAGGUCUGACAAUUAAGUUCGCGAACUUGUUGCAACGAUGUUGCUAAACUUUUUUGAUAUCGGGAGUAUUCAUUAUGCAUUUGUACCAACUGGACAA